UUGUUGUAAGGUUGCGCUCUCGAAAGGCGAGAACUCAGGCAGGCGCUCGCUCCUCGCCUACAGGACCGACCGACGGACGCCCCGUAGCGCGAGCACCAUGAGCGACAUGCGGCUGUUCAUCUACCGCAAUGAGGCGGGCUCCGAGGGCAAGGUGAUGAACCUUAAAUCCAAGGACAGCAUUGCACGACUCAAGAAGGUGGCGAGUAAGAAGCUGGGUGUGCGUGCCAAACGGCUGUUCUUGGCCAGCGGAGCAGAGAUAUCGGACGUGGACGAGCUGCAGAACAAUGACACGCUCUACGUAUCACAGGGUGAGGCUUUCUACAAGUCCCUCGGCCCUGCAAAUGGACAAGAGACCUUCCACAUGUCCGUGUUAGGCUCAGGUGGUGUUGGCAAGAGUGCACUCACGUUGCGCUUUGUGAGAGACUAUUUCGUCAAAGACUGGGACCCGACCAUUGAGGACGCAUACAGGAAAGCUAUCACGGUAGACGAUGGACUUUGUAUGCUCGAGAUUUUGGACACUGCAGGACAAGAUGACUUUGAGUCGUUGCGAGGGCAGUGGAUGAUGGACAAGGAUGGUUAUGUUUUUGUGUAUAGUAUGGACUCACGAAUCUCUCUUCAUGAAUUGCAACCAUUUUUCGACCUGCAUCUCCAGAUCAACGAGAGUCGUCGUCCUCUACCUCCUAUUAUCCUCGUGGCUAACAAGAAGGACGUGGUGGAUCGUGACCCAAGCAAGUGCCAAGUGAGCACGGAAGAAGGUCGACGGAUAGCACACUCGUACAACGCGCGCUACAUAGAGACGAGUGCGCUGACAGGAGCCAACGUGACGGCCGUAUUCGAGACGUUUGUGCGUGAAGUGCGUCGAAAGAAAGUGCCCAAGCAAAAGAAGAGCUCGUGUUCCAUUCUGUAGCGAUACUGGAGUGCAAGACGAGAGAU